AGCGAGGACGUUUUGUGCAUUGUAUGAAAGUCAGCGUGUUUGUGAUCCCGGUGACGUUAUAGGAAGCCUAGAGUAGACGAGAUGCAGAUGACGGGGCAGAUAGGACAGAGUUGUAAACGAAACCAGCACCCCGAGAAAGAUAGCAAAAGCAGGCAUGCAGUUCAAGAUCUUCCAGAAGAGAGACACCCCCUCCUCGCCGGCAUCGCUUUCCUCGAAACUGGUGCCUGCCACGCCGAAAAUGAGGAUUGGCGACUUCUCCCUCAAGCCGCCAGUCACCCCGACACUCACAGAUGCCUCCUUGCGUGGAGAGCAGAAAAGAACGGGUAUACUUGAGGCGCAGUUGAAGGAGGUGAGUUUGACGGCGUCGAAGGCAUACGACCAGGUUGAAGACCUGACGUUGCGAAACAACAUGCUGGAGGACCAGGUGUUGCAGCAGAAACAGCUUAUUGAGAGCUUCACACAGCAGUUGGAGGAUGCUGUCCGAGUCCGGCAGGAGCUGAAUUUGUUUCAGGAACAGGAGAGUCGGAAGAAGACCGAGGAACGGGGCCAGGACUCGGAGACGCUUUCGAGGCUGGUGCAUGAGAAGGAGGCUUUGCGAGCCGAUCUGGAGAGGAUGAAGGAGGAAUUACAGCAGUGUAGGAGCAUACUCGGCGAAAAGGAUGCUGCUCUUGCGGACAUGAAAGUACAACAUCGGAAAGAAGUGCAGCAGCUGAAUAUGCAGCUGCAGAGCGCCCCUGCCAAGCCGCAGGUGAUCCUGAGGCCCGCCACUCCGACCAGCGAUGGAGAGGAAAAGUGCAGCCAGUAUCGAGGCAUUGUUGACAUGCAGAAGCAGAAGAUCGAGGAGCUGGAGGCAGAACUGGAGGUCAAGACCGACGAGUACGAGAAGUCGCUAGGUGAGAUCAAAAACACCAUGUUGGUGCUGAAAAACAGCCAGAUGUUCCUGAGCAAGCAGGGCUAUUUGAGCCCCUCGGUACGGGAAGCGUAUUUUGGGAACGGCGGUGAUAGGGAUGGAGGCACCGGCGGCGGUGACACUUACGUUCUGUCAAACAUCUCUUUUUUGCCAUGAGGCAGAUUGAAAAGUUGUUGUUCGCCUACCUUUACCGUACACCGUUUGCCCCAGACCGGUGCUGUUUAUUCUCUGCGAUGUGCUCUGAUCACAUUCAUUCUUGUCUUUUUACUAACUACUAUCCUUCCCUCUGUAUAUUAUAAAACGUGUAACCUUAUAGAAUUUUAAUGGAACUGUUGAGAACCAUUUAAGGA